CUUUUUCACACUGCCCGCGGUCACUCCCCGAUCGUCCUUUCUUAAAUGCUCGUCCGGACGGGAAUGAUUGGCGAGUGUCGAAGCUGCGCGCUUCUUCAUAUUUGCUCUCUCGAUCCCUCGUUUGCUUGAAAUUCUCAUCGUCUUCGACGCGAAAGUAACGAUUUUUUCUUGGCUUAAGAGAUUGGUGUGGGACUGGCCAUGGAUUCUACAGUAGGUGCUGGGUCUGGGUCUGGCAGGAAGAAAGACAAGCCCACUGACCUGGUUGAUUUUAUCUCCUCUUGGUCUCUUCAAGAUAUCUUCAAUAUCAAUCUCUACGGGGACAAGAUUGGGACCAUCCCGGAUUCAUUUCAAUCAGUCGAGCAAUACGUUUCUUCAUUUAAGUUUCCUUUGCUGGAAGAAACACGAUUCGGCCUCUGUUCAAGUAUGCAGAACGUAUCUAGGCGGCCUUUCGCGAGAGUCACUGGGUUUGUUGAAGGCGAGAAGAAUGUUUACCAUGUGGAAGUGGACUAUUGGAGAAACAGGGCCACUAAUCGGGGCAAGGAACCUUACAAAACUUCCCCUGGGGAUGUUUUGAUGUUAACUAAUGCUAAGCCGGAUACCAUUCCCAGCUUAGAAAGUUCUGCAGGAAGAUGGACAUUUGCAUCCGUCGCUGACAUAAUAUCAGAGGAGGACGGGGAUGCUCAAGCAUCAACAAAGUUCAAAGUCAUGGCAUUUUUUGGAACUUCCUUUCGCCCCUUUUUAUCUUUUCCAUCCAAUAAAAUGAAUGAUGUUCGUGCUUGCCAGUCAAUGUAUGCAGUUUUCCUGAUGAAUGCAGUCACUAAUGAUAGGAUAUGGAACGGGCUACACAGAUUUUCAAACUUAGAGAUUGUAAAGCAAGUUCUAUGUACGGAUCCAGUGGCUGAGAAAGAUUGCAGUCUCUGUAUUACUCAAAUUCAUGGCUUUGGACAUUUGAGUCUCGAUAACAACUUGUCCGGUGGUCUGAAUGAAAGCCAGAAAAAAGCAGUCCUCUCUUGUCUUGAUACCAUCGAGUGUCAACACAGGUCGGCUGUAGAAAUGAUACAGGGUCCUCCAGGGACAGGGAAGACCAAAACUGUUGCGGCGCUGCUCUUUACUCUCUUGAAAAGGAAACACAGAACCGUUGUUUGUGCUCCAACAAAUGUUGCCAUCAAGGAAUUGGCAUCUCGUGUUUUGCAGCUGGUGAAAGAAUCGGUUUGCACAAACUCUAGUAGGGAAAACUUGCUCUGUUACUCAGGAGACAUGCUUUGUUUUGGGAACAAGGAACGGAUGAAAGUAGAUUCGAGUAUUGAGGAAAUAUACUUGAAUCAUCGUGUUGAUUGUGUUGCGGAGUGCUUUUCUGUACUCACUGGUUGGCAGCAUUGUGUAACUUCCAUGAUCGAUACUCUCAAUGACUGUGUCCACGAAUACCAGAUUCUUUUGGAGAACGAACACAAUAUUUUACAGGAGCUUAAUGGUACCGAGGUUGGGAGCAAAUGUGAAAGCAGCAAAAUCGAACCCAAACCUGAAUUUAAAUCAUUUGUGGAUUUUUUCAAGCACAGAUUCAAGUCAAGUGCAGAGGCUCUCCGAAGAUGUUUCUCUAUCUUAUGCACCCAUAUAUCCAUAAGUUACCUUCUUGAACAUAAUUUUCGUGAGAUUAAGUCCCUUCUCAUCUUACUCGAUUCUUUUGAAAUUCCACUAUAUAGAGAGAAGUUGGAUUCAAGAAAGUUGGAGGAAGCAUUUUCGUCGUCACCAUCUUCAUUCAAAAGUUGCUCAGAUCCACUAUACACAGCGUUAUCGAUGAAGAGAGGUGAGUGCCUCUCUGUUUUGCGAACUCUCAACACAUCUCUUGGAAGGCUAAACAUUCCAACAUUUACGAGUAAGAAAAUGAUAGCGGAGUUCUGUUAUCAAGCGGCUUCCUUGAUUUUCUGCACUGCCUCUGGCUCAUCUAAGCUGUACUCCCUGGAAAUGGAGCCUGUCAGUUUAUUGGUGAUUGAUGAGGCUGCGCAGCUGAAAGAAUGUGAGUCAAUGAUUCCGUUACAACUUCCAGGUGUCAGGCACGCAAUUUUAGUUGGAGAUGAAUGUCAGUUGCCUGCUAUGGUUGUUAGCAAGCUAUCUAGCAACGCUGGCUUUGGAAGGAGUCUAUUCGAAAGGUUGAGUUCUCUGGGUCAUCCUAGACACCUCCUGGAUGUCCAGUACAGAAUGCAUCCCGCGAUAAGUCGAUUUCCCAUAAAGACCUUCUACAAAAACCAAAUUCUGGAUGGGCCGAAUGUUACUGGCAAAAAUUACAGAAAAUGUCAUUUGCAGGGGCCAGUGUUUGGCCCGUACUCCUUCAUAGAUAUUCCUAAUGGAAAAGAAAAAUUUGGGGAUGGUGGACAAAGCCCUAGAAAUGAUGUUGAGGUAGAAGUCGUGUUGAUGAUUUUGAGGAAUCUAUUCGAAGCAUGCAAAUCUUCAGGCGAAAAUCUAAGUGUUGGUGUGAUAUCCCCAUAUGGAGCUCAGGUUGCUGCAAUACAACAGAAAAUUAAAAUUUUUUAUGAAAACAUCAAAGGCUUUGCAGUGAAAGUGAGGUCAGUGGAUGGGUUCCAAGGGGGCGAAGAGGACGUCAUAAUAGUAUCCACUGUGAGAUCAAACCCUCACGGAUCCAUCGGGUUCGUUUCUGAUGCUAAGAGAACCAAUGUCAUUCUCACCAGGGCAAGAUACUCUCUUUGGAUUUUGGGAGAUGGGAGGACGCUGACGAGAAGUGAAUCUGUAUGGAAAGCUUUGGUUGAUGAUGCUAAGACCCGUGGGUGUUCCUUCAGCAUUGAUGAUGUUAAAGCCAUUUUGGAUGGGAAUAGUAAUCAGCUUGAUGAUCCUGUCGAUGGAAGUAGUGUACUGAUUAGAAAUGAGAGGUGGAGGGCAAAUUGCUUUCACGAUGCCAAGAGCCGAGAAUGUUCCUCCAGUAGUGAUGAAGUUAAAGACAUUUUGGAUGGGAAGAAAGAGGAUAUCCGGCUUGAUGAUCCACUCGAUGGCAACAGUGUCCUAUUUAAAAACGCUCGGUGGAGGGUUUUCUUCGGUGACAACUUCGUGGAGUCUUUCAGAAAGCUGACAUUGCUUAGGACCAAGAUGUCAAUAAUGAACCUCAUAUCGAAACUUGCAGGUGGCUGGAGACCAGUGAAGAGCAAUGGGGUCUUAAGCCUGAAAAGCUGUUCUCACAUGGUGAAGCAGUUCGAGGUCGAAGGUCUCUACGUGCUGUGCACCGUCGAUAUACUGAAAGAACCCCAAAGCCUGGAGAUUCGGGAACCAAGAUACAUCCAAAUCUUGAAGAUUUGGGAUGUAUUGCCCUUAAGGGAUGCGAUGAAACUGGUUGAAUGUCUCAUUAUCGAGUUCAAAGUGUAUGCCGACGAUUUCAUUAGUUGCUGCAAUGAGGAAUGUCUUGAGGGGGAUCAGGUAGUUCCAAAGACAUGGGAUUCUUCUUGGGGUACUGCUCAUUUCUGCAGUUCGGAUCAAGUUCAAGCAGGGAGUGGUUCCGGCGCCGGUAUUUCGAAUCUGGAAGCGAGCGAGAGCCUGCUUUCGAUGAGAUUCUACUCCUCGUCAUCACAUGUGGUCAGGCACAUGUUUCCGGAGGACCAAGAUAGCGAAGCGAAUCUCGCAUCUGAAGCAACCGAGCCUGAUCAAGAGAUGAGUUCCCGCUUCAUUGGGCUUCGUAUUUGAGUAAUCCAUAUUGCUCCCUUCUUGACAAAGAUCUUUUGACAGAAGCAGGGGAAAAUCCUACUUCUUUUCAAGGAAUUUUUCAUUCGGGUCGAAAUUUCUGUGCCCGUGCCGGGUAUUUUGGAGAAGGCGGGGACCUUUUUAAUUAUUUAUCUUCUUUCUAAUUUUAUGUCUAGAUAUAUUUGGUUGAAUUAAUGGCACAGAAUUUUCGGUUCAGGUGUCAUAGCUACGAAGUGAAAAUUCACCUACAGAUAUUUGGGUGUUGAAUUUUGCUUU